CUGUCCCUCUGGAUCACUCACACACUCCUGUUCAUCCAAAUACAAAGCUUGCUCUCUCCACCACGUGACAUACCGCUAGUCUUCUAUUUCUCUGAUAAAGGUUCACUGCAUCGUAAAGAUGUGUUCCAUCUGCGGCUUGAAAUAUCUGCGUGUGGUCAUGAUUCUUCUGGCAGUAGUCAGCACACUGGCCAAUCUGCUCCUGCUUUUCCCUGGACUCACUUAUAAAUACCUGCUUGAAAAUCACGUCACUCCAGAGGCCACAUGGUGCGCAGGAAUAUGGGCUUCGGGAUUUGUAGUGCUUGUGGCUGCUCGUGGUUUUGCAUCAAAUGAUACAAAAAAAGGAUGCUGUCAGUUCCGAGCUGAUAUGCUGUGUCGGAUUGUCUAUUCAUGUGUGGCUGUGGUUGUAGCUGGCUUCGGUUUCCAGAUCAACUCUAUGGGACUAACACAAGGACCACUAUGUCUGCACAAUGGAACUGAGGGUCUGACUUGGGAAAGACCCCUGAAAACUAUGAAUGUGGAUGCAGAAAAUUACUUGUAUAAACCAGAGAGAUGGGCCUCUGCCUGCGAGGAGCCUCGUGGUGUUGUGGUGUGGAACAUUGCUCUCUUCUCUACUAUCAUGGCUGUCAGUGGACUUCAGGCUCUAUUCUGUGUUGUGCAGAUCCUCAGUGCUAUACGUGGUGUGAUAUUUGGACCUAGUAAGAAGAAGGUUGUUCAUCCUUGAAGAAUACAAAAGACAGAUGUAAUCCCUAAAACAGAGUGUAUGCACCUUCACUUUUCUAUGAUUUCUAUAUCUUUCUUUGCUGGAUCAGUCCUGUUCCCUCUGCUCUCAAGGUGCAAGGACACAGCACCAGUGGAGAAGAGCUCAGCAUUUACAUUUCCUAAGUAUUUAUUUGAUAUUGACUUUUCUGUUUUCAGUACUUAUCACUGUUUCAGUACUUCAGUAUCUCCACUUCAGAGUAGAGAAAAUACAGUGCCAACUAUGCAGGAAAAUGAAAGGAAUAGAAAGCUUACAACUCUUCACCACAAGCAAACAGAAUUUUUUUUAUUUUUUUUUUUAUUAUUGUUUUUACCAACCGAAAAUGGUUUAAGCUGAACUUUAUGUUUUACCAUUACAAAGCACUAGAGGUCACUAACUGCACUCUCAUUGUUUUUAGUCAAGACAAGGUUGGAGAAAGCUGAAAAAUAAGAAAUAUUUAUCAGUGAAACAUUUUGUACAGUUUUUCAACAGGGAUCUCAUAAUUAGCACAGAAAGUAGAAAGCUAUGUGUAUGUACUGCACAUUGUUAUAAAACUGUGUGUAUGGGCAUAUGUAUUUACAUAUGAUUGUAUAAUAUUUAAUUAUGUCAUGCUUUUCUAUUUGUUGUUGAUUUUUAAUUAUUUAUAUAUACAUACAUAUAUGUAUGAUAUGAACGUGUAUGAUAUAUUAAGAUAACGCAGUACUAAUUUGUACAUUAUCCGACACAAGUUGUAUUUAAUAUGAACUAAUGUCCUGUGUAUGUAACUGUUUUGUGCAGAAAUAUAA